AUGCUGAGUCUUAAGAUCUUACAGACUCAGACGGAAGAGUGGUUUGGGAUUUUCGACUUUAACGUCAUCGAAGGCAUUAAGUUACUGGAAAAUAAUCCGUUCCGACUUUCCCAGCGUACAAAACGAGUCGAUGGCCAUCCUGAGGACGUCGAUGACCAACAGACUCGUUACCACUAUGGCUCUGAGGUUGAAAGCGAACCGUGUGACUGCGACCGCCGACACUGUGCCUUGGACAGCGAAGGGUGCAACUGCGUUAGUGCGGACUGCGACCGUCUGACCCCCAGCGAGGAGGCCGUCUAUGACUUAGAUCACUAUCUUCGACAUGACGGCGAACCAAGCGAUGAGGAGAGCCUUCACAGCCCAAGGCUGCAAUUUAUGGAAAGGUAUGCGUCGGAAUACAUCACACGGAAGCGAAGUCGAAUCGCACGCUUCACCAUUGCAACGGCGAGUUAUGGAAUCGAGCACGAUGAUUAA